AUGAUUUAUUGGAGAGAAAAGCAGGAAGAAGGCGAGUUCGAAGAUUACUUUCCUGGCGAUGUCGUGGAAUUAGCAGAGUCCAAAGAAGACCUAGCCCGGAAGCUGUUCAGAAGGCGUAUGCGAUUCCCAGAGCACGUCUUUGACGACGUCCUUAAAGCUGCGCCUUCUCGGGGAGAGCCGAGCCAAAAAGAAAAAAAGAAAAGAAAGGAGGCUGCCAAACGAAAGGAGAUGGUGGCCUUGUCCGAAUUGCCUGCAGCGGAAGGUGAAGAAAGAAACAACAAGGUGGCGAGGCUUGAGCAAGAAAUUGUAUCGUUGAGAAGGAAACUUGCUGACGAAAAAAAACGAAACCGGGAGUUACAAGAGGUCGUGGUCAAAGGGAUGGAAAAAUUGCUGGAGAAAUCGUGCUGCUGCAGCCAUCGGGCGGCCAGUCUGCUUCAAGAGGAAAUGGAUUCAAAUCUUGAAGCCAUGUGCUUGAGAGGGCCUUUAGAUGACCAGUUUCAUCUUGAAGAGGUGCGACAGAUGGUGACACACAGUCUUCAAGAUCAGACGCCUCCUGCUGUUAAACAAGUGCUGCCACUAGCAGCAGUGGCGGCAGCAGCUCCAGCAGCAGCGGCGGCGGCACUACCAACACCACUUCCAGCAGUGCCGGCAGCAGCUGUAAUGCCACCACCGCAAGCUUCAACUCUGGUGGCACAACCUACAGCCAUGCCGCUUGUAGCAGGGCCGCCAGCAGCUGUAAUGCCACCACCGCAAGCUUCAACUCUGGUGGCACAACCUACAGCCAUGCCGCUUGUAGCGGGGCCGCCAGCAGCUGUAAUGCCACCACCGCAAGAUCCAACUCUGGUGGCAGAACCUGAAGCGAUGCUGCUGGUAGCAGAGCCACCAGUGAGUGCUGCGCAUCAGUGCGUACUUGAAACAGAGGCUACUGAGUGCCCGCUAAGUUCAAAGGGUCAGCCACACUAUCGUAAGCGUCGCUGGCUGCUUGUCAUGCCAUGA